AUGGCCGAUAUCAACGAAAAAGGGCCGCAGUCUUUGGACGCGACCAACGUCUUUGAUGACACCAAUGGGCACUUGAGCUGCGGGGACUCGUCACCAGACUGUUCGAAGGAAACCGUUCUAGUUGAGGACGAAAGAAACAAGUACCGGUCUAUCCAUGGCGUCAAAUGGUUUUUGGCCGUCCUGGCUAUUUUCUCGUCUGUUUUCCUUUUCGGGUUGGACACGACCGCAGUUGCGGAUAUUUCCCCUGCGAUGAUCAGUCGGUUUGGACAGCCUGAUUUGCUCCCCUGGUUGAGCUCGGGCUAUGCAUUGGGAGCCAUGAACAUUCUUCCUUGGGGCAAAUCAUUCGGUGUCUUCAAUUUGAAAUGGACAUAUAUCCUCACUGUUGCAUUGUUUGAGGUGGGAAGUGCCAUCUGUGGUGCGGCGCCGAAUAUGACGGCCUUGAUCAUUGGACGAGUAAUUGCUGGAGUUGGAGGGUCAGGCAUGUAUCUCGGUUGCAUCACAUAUCUCGCUAUGACGACCAGCCCUCGGGAAGGUCCGCAUUACAUCGGGCUAGUGGGGUUCGUCUGGGGCAUUGGGACAGUCCUGGGACCAAUUGUCGGCGGUGCAUUCGCGGAUAGCUCAGCAGGCUGGCGCUGGACCUUUUAUAUUAACCUCUUGAUCGCCGCCCUAUUUGCCCCCGUAUACUUCUUCUUGCUCCCUAAUAUCGACGCGCAGCCAACGGCGACUUUGAUCCAGAAGCAUAAGCAAGUGGACUGGGUGUCCAUUGUUUUUCUGAAUGGAUUCAUCACAUGUUUCGUCAUGGCCAUCAACUUCGGAGGAGCCGUGUAUGCGUGGAAUUCCGCUCGAGAAAUUGUUCUCUGGGUCAUGACGGCGGUUAUCUUUGUCGGAUUCCUCCUUGUGCAGUAUUUCCACCCGCUUGUAACGAAAGAACAAGUUCUCUUCCCUGGUCAUUUGCUGAAGCGCCCCCUCAUGCUCAAUUUGACCGUUCAAAUGUUUUUGUCAUCAGGCGUGCUCCAGGGUGCUAUUUACUACAUUCCCUUGUUCUUUGAAUUUGCAAAGUCGGAUGCAGCCCUCGAAGCCGCCGUGCGACUUCUACCGUACGUUUUCAUGCUUGUCGCUGGCUGUUUGAUCAACGCUGCUCUUAUGGUCCGAUUUGGAUACUAUAUGCCCUGGUACUUUGGCGGAGGAGCGCUCGUAGUAAUCAGCUCCGCAUUGAUGUGUACUGUCAAUGCGCAUACCUCCAACUCCACCGUCUACGGAUACACUGUGCUCAUGGGAAUUGGUGUCGGCUCCUACUGCCAGGCAAGUUACACUGUAUCUCAGCAGCUGGUACCAAUGACCGAGCUGACUAAUGUCAUUGGCUUGAUGAGUAUCUCGCAAUUCCUCGGCAUCCUAUUCUUCUUGGCUAUUAUGGGCACCUCCUACCAAAACCUUGUCAUCGAGAAGAUUCACAGUAUUCUGCCGAAUGCUAGCGAUAUCGAUGUCCGUCAAUUCAUCGCUGGAACCAGCUCCUCCCUCAGCGCUAGUCUGACAAGCGCCCAAUCAGCCGCUGUGGUAAAUGCAAUUGUAACGGCCAUGCGAUCGGUGUGGAUCUUGCUCGCUGUUGCAGGUGGCAUUUGUGUAAUUCUGUCUCUCUUCCUCGGGAGUCCUCUAGGAAUCGGCACCUGGAAUAUUGCCGCCAGGCACAAGACCGACCUCGAGUGCGAACUCCGUCGUGUCGCGCCUGUAGCGCGGCCAAGACAAAAUGCACAAGCUCACACCCAUCAUGCACCCGGUCUACCCAAACAAGGCAGCGCUGAUGAGCCCGUUUCCAUAGACUCAAUCAUUACUAAUAUAGACGACAGCAGUACAGGGAGCCUGGUGGCCAACCUAGACCAACUGGCGGAUGAUUUGAUUUGGGACGGACAGUCGAGUUCCACGGACUUUCUCAUAAUAGAUCCAAGCCACACUGUCCCCAAGAGCACGCAAGCUGCUACCCCGACGAUGACUACCGCACCGGUGGUAGACACUACUCCUGACUUAUUCAGCUUGCAAGGCUGGGACACGGAUCCAUCGGAGCUACUCGCUGCACUCACCGCGCCGCCAAAGGUCUCGCCUUUCGCUGAUGCAGCGUUUCUCACACGGUUACCUAUUGACGAUCCCAUCGCACAGCGGCACGCUACUUAUUUAAUUCAAAUUCUGCGACCUUUUCCGCAAAUGAUGGCCCGAAAAGCCAUAUUCCCACCCUUUAUCCAUCAAAACUGGCACCAUGGAGAUGGGACUAAAGCACAGAAGACAUUGCCCGAGCCGAUUGGUAACUGCAUGAGUAUCGCACAGAUUUUCGCUUCCAGGACACCUGAUACGAGAGCUUUUGUAUGGAAUGCUAUUAGGACUGAACAGCGGCGACUAAUGGUCCAGUCCGAAUCAUUCGGGCCGGAGGACUUGCUUGCCUCUAUACAAUGUUAUAUUAUUUAUAUUAUCAUGCGCGUAAUCGAUGACGCGGCAUAUCAUAGCGAGCAUGACCUCGAUAUGCUGCUGACCUUCGCAUCUUCCAGAACAAACACACCCCAGCCGGUGCUGGCCGGACUGGGUAUUCGCCGAAUCUCGGCGCAGGUGCGACGAUUCAUUUUCACCCCCUUAUUUCAACUACAGGCUGUCCUAACGAAAGUAAAUAUUAGAGUCGCAUGCAUCUGGUUCCUCAUCGGGCAAGUCGUAGUCACCAAAACGGGUAUACCUUGCGACACGUCGGAAGAAUACCAUUGUCUUCCCCUGCCGGGUGGUCGAUCCCUAUGGGAGUGUCGAACAAACCAAGGAUGGGAAGCGGAGUACAGCGCAACGCAGACAACUAUUCCUGGGAGACAGCUUACGUAUUUUGGGGACUUGAUGGAGGCUCAGAAGACGAACAGUGAUUCAAGCAUGAUUCAGAAGAUGGAUUCCUGGAAUGCAGAGGCUGAUACACUGGGAUUUAUGCUUACUCUAGCUACAGCAAUGGUCUAG